AUGAUGCAUCGUCGUUGUCGUCGUCGUCCUGGGCCAGAGGAGAACCGAGCUCGUCCUGAUAUGAUUGCUCGUCCUUCUCUAUCCAUCCACAGAGAACCUCGGCCAUUUAAUAGCAAAUGAUUCGAAGCGUUUCUGCUCGAGAUUCGUGGACAACUCAUUUUUUCUCACUGGAUCGAGAUCUUCGAUGUUGGGCAAGAGAUUCAGGGAUUUGGAGUGUCAGAGCGAGGGAAGACCGUUCCUCCUCCUCCUCUACCUCCUCUUGGCAACAACGGAAGAAAAUUGUGCAGAAAAUGGUGCUUUUCCUCGGUCCUACUUUAUGGCACAUGAUAUCCGCAGUGGUCUCAUGCAGCUCGGGUUUUAAUAUCUCCUCUCUCUCUCUCUCUCUCUCUCUUUUUCUUCCGUAACCAUGUACUCCCCAACAACCUUCUUUUUAAAUUCAUGGGAAAGAAUGCACCUCCAGUUUCACAAAUAAUUCCUUGUGUUUGGACGGCUCCCGAAGAGCGUUCUUUCGACGAGGACAGGGGCAACUUUCUUUCGAAUGCCCGUGGAAGUUAGACGAUCGAUUGGACGCUUGCCCGACUUGACUUGUGAAGACUUCCGUGACAUCUAUGACCUGGUGCGUGGAGGCUCACUAAGGGAUGGAAUGGAAUGGAGACAAGACAAUCCAGUUUGACAUGUCGCUUUUCAAUCCAAGGUCUGUAAAUAUCGCUGACGCUUUUUCGAGCUUCGUGAAGUGCGACAAAAGAAAACGGAAUUUUGGAGGGCGUCCAGUUAGUUAUGUGGGUUACGAUGCACGAAAUUUGACCACCGAUGGUCAAGAGCCCAGUGGUAGCACUGAAAUGCUCUCAAUGCUCUCAAUGCUCUCAACCUUGUACAUGUUUGUCCAAGCUUUGAAGUCUACGAAUGACUGGCUCCAUAGCUUCGGCUGCAAGCUUGGUUCAUGCUUCCUGCAUUUGACAACACUUUCUCAUAUAACGUGGAGUAAAAGUAAAAGCAAAAGGAGCAGGCCUUGAUUCUACAGAAGCAACCACAACAACAUCACGACAUGAAACUCAAGAAGCUCUGGCUGAUGGAUGGAUGUGUCGGCCUUGUGUAGCAAGUUGAAAGAGAGAAAGAGAGGCUCAUUGCUACUUCCGGAUCUGUGAUUAACAAUCUGGAACACAAACGUGGACAAUUAUGUUUAGGACAAUUAUAAUAUGGGCGAGAAUGUGCUCGAGCCAAUCACGUCACGUAGGUUGAUGCAUAAAUCAUGGCGAUAUUCACCGGAAACAGCGAAGUGUGUGUUGGUCAGUGACAGUGACAGUGACGGAGGUUGGGAGACUGCAUUGCAUGCCCGAGGAAAAAUGCCAGGACUUCGUUUGUCACUACCACGACGUGUUUUCUUGUACGAAGCCGAUGGCCUAGCUCCUUGCAACACCUGUACGAGCGAGCGCGGCACAAUCGGGACAUGGGACCUGAAUCCGUGCUGGAAGCGGUCCAGCUCGAUCCAAUUUCAGCAGCAGAGGGUGCAGUCUUCUCUCACGGUCACAUCCGUAUCGGUUGAUGACCAUGAAAGAAAAAUCCUGUUGGCAGGCAGGCAGGCAGGCCGGCCGAGAGGACACUUGCUCCCUCAAGCCACGAGUGCUUGACCUCACUAGUCCUUUGCUUUGCAUGGAAUGUGCUGCAUUUGUGCUGCGGAUAUAGUUAAAUAAACCUCGCCCUUCGAUUUAUCAAUUCUUCACAUUUACUCGCAGCUGCGAACGUACAUCGAGAAUCCGAUACGUCCUCGCAGAUAUCUCUCCUCUCUCCAACAGGAAUACUAGUCCUCUCACGGAGCUGACGUCAAUCCUUCUCCUUCUGGUGGGCUCCCCUGGAGGUCAGCAGCAGCGAGAUAUUUCAGCUCCUCCUCCGACUGACUGAGUGUGUGUUCGCUAGACUUCAUUCCUCCAUGACUCGGAAGCGUUUCCAGUCAGGGAACACAGGAGCUGGGUCCAGAUCAGAUCAGUUACAGUUUCAUCAUGCAUUCAUUCAUUCAGUCAUUGAGUCAUUCAUUCGCGUUCUGCUUCAUAACUAGCUCCAGACGAUGACCCAAUUUAGCUCAGAAUUGAAAUUGGAGGCAUCCUUCCCUCGAGGGUAAGGUGAACUGAUCAAUCUAUCACAUUUAGUCCCUCAGUAACCUUUCAGUAACUUCGAUAGGAGCUCGAGGAGGAAAAAAAUAAACCUUUUUCUGCCAUUGCUCCGCUUUGCAGCUAGCAGUCUGGCAAAAAGCUGAAGCUGAGUCCAGAUUUACCGAUGCGAACUUCUAAAUCCAGUGGCCAAGGUCGGGGAGAAAACGCUUUCGACUGUAAAGUUAGAGAUGUCCAACUCAGCGUGACCAAGCGUGUUCCCACAUCUUGUUUACGAAGACUGACUUGAACUUCGACUUUAAGGUCGCACUCAUCUGAUGCACGGGUUAAGGAAAGAAACCCAGAAUAGCAUUUUAUUUUCUACUGCCAUACAUUUAUUCGAAACGUAUAUCCCAAUUUUAUAAAUAAAGAGUUAAAUAUGG